CUCCUCGUUGCGACCUCCCAUCUACACACUCACCACUUACACAUAUGUUUGCUACUGCUGUGCGGACGCUUGCCUCUGUGGCUGGACGAAGGCUGUCGACGGGCAGUGCAGCUCCGGUGGCGGUGGCUAUGUUUGGAGCACCCGGCUCGGGCAAGGGCACCAUUGCCGAGUGGCUUGUCCGUGACUUUGCUCUUGGUCAUCUCUCCACGGGCGAUCUCAUUCGGGAUGCCCUCUCUGAUGCUGAUUUCCUUGCCACCGACAAGGGCAAGGCCAUCAAAGCCACCAUCGAUGCCGGCAAUCUCGUCGGUGACGACAUCAUUCUCGACCUCCUCAAGCCCAAGAUCGAUGUUGCUGCCGCGCCGCGAAUCAUUCUCGACGGCUUCCCGCGGACGCUGGUGCAGGCCAAGAUGCUUGACGCCAUCCGCCCGGUCGACGUUGUUCUCGAGGUCGAUGUGCCUGCCGAGGAGAUUGUCCGCCGCCUCUCGGGCCGGCGGGUCCAUCCGGGCUCGGGCCGCAUUUACCACGUCUCGUUCAACCCGCCCAAGGAGGAGGGCAAGGACGAUGAGACCGGCGAGCCGCUUGUCCAGCGCGACGACGACAAGGAGGAGGUUAUCCUCCACCGCCUCGAGAUCUUCAACGACCAGAAGCAGCCGGUCCUCGACUACUACGCCUCUCUCGACAAGGUCAUUUCCGUCUCGGGCACCGAGUCUAAGGUCAUUUACCCGGCCAUGCGCGACCGCCUCAUUGCCACCGGCCUCGUUUAAUCCUUUACGGUAUGGAAUGGACAAAUCUGUCCAUCGCGCAAGCCGCGCUCCGCGACGCUCCGCAUACGGCGCAACGUCCAUCAAUAGCGGUAAAAGAGUAGUUGUG